CUUCUUAAGGGUGAUGAAGCACCAUUUCUCUCAUCUUCUCUUUCUCUUCCCUUUCUUGUAAAGAGAUUCUUUUUUCAUGUCCCACAACUUUUGCCUUUCAUAUAUUCCUUUCUAGCCUUCCACAAAUAAAUGCCAACCUUCAUUUGAUUCUUCUAUACAUAUCACUCUCUUUCUCUCUCUCUCAACUCAUUAUAACAACAAAGAAGAAAAUUAGAAAAGAAAGAGGGGAAAAAAAUGGUACCCGAAUUAGAGAAACCUCGAGUCACAGAAAUACAGGUCCGAAUGGACUGUAAUGGGUGUGUUCAAAAGAUUAAGAAAGCACUUAAUGGCAUAAAUGGUAUAUAUGAUCUCUACAUUGAUUUCCCACAACAGAAGUUGAUUAUAGUUGGUUGGGCUGAUCCAGAAAAGAUUAUCAAAGCCAUUAAAAAGAUAAGAAAGAUUGCUACAAUAAUUUCUCACACAGAACAACAAACAGAGGAGCCAACACAAGAACCAUCACCACAAGCUGAUCAUGGCAACAAUAAUGGACAACCACCACCACCUCAAGAUGAAUCAGCUGCACCAACUGAUCAGGCCCCACCCGAGCCAGCGGCCCCGCUCGCAGAGCCACCACAACAACAAGACCAUCCACCACCUCAACCACAACCACCACCUGAUUAUAAUCAUGAUCAUGAUCAGAAUCAGAAUCAGAAUCAACCUCCUCCAUCACAACCACAUGAUCAGCCUCAUCAACCAUCUUCUGAAGCUGCAAAUAAUAAUAAUAAUGCAGGCCAGCCAAUUCAUCAUGAGGUUUCAUCCUCAUCAUCAGGAGGACCACCAAACGAUGGAGCAGAGGUUCAUGUCAUAUACCAUCAUCCACCUGAUCAUUAUGGCUAUAGAUAUGGUUAUGGUCAAGGGUAUGGAAGUAACUAUAAUCAUAAUAAUAGUAAUAGUUAUUGGAACAAAUACCAUAAUGGGCAAGGACAAGGACAAGAACAACCCCAACAACAACAACAUCAACAACAACAACAACAUCAUGAGCCAGUUGUUGUGACACCACCAGUUUAUGUGACACAUAGUUACAACACAUACAAGCCAUCACCAUAUGUGACAGAGUAUGAGUAUGUUCGGCCACCACAGCCGCCGCGGCCUCAGCCUCAGCCGCAGCCACAACAACCUUCUCAAACACAUCAUUAUCAGAAUAGGAUUGAGAGGUACUAUGAAGACCAAAACCAGUAUUAUUAUAAUUACAACAACAACAAUGUCAGCAGUAACGGUGGUGGAAAUAUCACAUCACUUUUUAGUGAUGAAAAUCCCAAUGCGUGUAGAAUAGUGUAAAAUUACAAAAGAGGUAUAGUAGAAAAAAGGUUUGGGGGGGCCAAAAGGGUGUGUUUCUUUUACCUGAUAUGAUCUAUGAAUGAGUAUUGAUGAGGAAGUUUAAUUAAUGGAAGAAUAGUGUUAUGAGAAGGGAAAAAAACAAAACAAAAAAAGUUAAUAU